AUGUCGUUUUUCUCGGGAUGCACAGGGAAGCGCAGUAAACACCAAGGCAAGCGUGAGCCCGGCCUGUGUUUUCACAGCAGCCAGCGGCAGGUAGGCGUUGGAAGUGGCAUGGUUUAUCUGCCGGCGGUGGUCAUGGUAGGGCAGUAUUUUCAGAAGAGAAGAGCGCUUGCACAAGGACUCAGUACCACAGGAACAGGGUUUGGAGCUUUCCUAAUGACUGCCUUACUGAAGUACCUCUGCACCGAAUUUGGGUGGAGGAAUGCCAUGUUCAUCCAGGGCGCCAUCUCCCUGAACCUUUGUGUCUGCGGGGCGCUUAUGAGACCACUCUCUCCCAAAGACGUUAUUAGUGAAAAAUACGUUGUAAGAAAUAAUAGUGAAGAUAAUCAGGCAAAAGCUCUGUCCCAUUCUGCAGAGACUAUAAAAUCUAACGGAGUCCUCAGUGAAGAACCAGAAAAAAAAGAAGAGGCAACAAAUGAAGAAGUGCUUGACAGUGUUCAGCACAUAGAAAUUGGAGGUAAAUCUAGAAGCGGAAGGAAUAUGUACGGACUGCGCAUUCUUAAGACAGCAAGCCAGCUGAUGGUUACAGUCAGGAAGGGCUUUGCAAUAUGGUACUCCAGCUACUUUGGAGCUGCAUCACUGUUUACCAAUAGAGUAUUUGUGGCCUUUAUAAUUUGGGCUUUGUUUGCCUAUAGCAGCUUUGUCAUUCCCUUUAUUCAUCUUCCAGAAAUAGUCAAGCAGUACAACUUAUCUAGUCAGAACAAUAUAUUUCCUUUGACAUCCAUUAUAGCCAUUGUUCAUAUUUUUGGUAAAGUGAUCCUUGGAAUUAUCUCUGAUCUACCAUGCAUCAGCACGUGGAAUGUCUUCCUCAUGGCUAACUUCACCCUGGUCACCUGCAUUCUUACUUUGCCACUAAUGCAAACAUACGUUAGCCUGGCUGUGGUUUGUGCUCUAAUAGGAUUUUCUAGCGGCUAUUUUUCUCUAAUGCCCGUCGUGACUGAAGAUUUAGUUGGAACUAAACACCUUGCAAAUGCCUAUGGCAUCAUCAUUUGUGCCAACGGAAUAUCUGCAUUGUUUGGACCACCCUUUGCAGGUUGGAUCUAUGACAUCACACAUAAAUACGAUUUUUCUUUUUACAUAUGUGGCUUGCUAUAUAUGGUGGGAAUAAUAUUUUUACUUAUACAACCUUGUAUUCAAAAGAAACAACCAAGAGAAAAAUCUAUGGAAGAAGCACAAGCAUAG